ACAACGAUGAGAUUGCACAUUUUUGCGAAUCCGUUAUAGAUCCUCUGCUCGGGUUUUUUCGGAUCAGUACUUAUCGGACAAGUCUCCAGGACGGUUGUGUUUUUCGUGCGUCGCAAGAUAGCACAAAAAUGUCGAUAACGAGCGUGCUUCUUGUAGCACUUUGUUUGGUGGUGUCGGUUGUUUAUCUCUAUAUCAAAAGUCGUCAUCGUUUUUGGUCGGAUCGAAAUUUUCCGUGUGUUCGUGCGAAAAGCUUCCUCUAUGGCCAUUUCAAAGGAGCAAUCUCAAACAUACAUGGGUGCUACCUCAAUCAAAAGUUGUACCAAGAGUUCAAACGCAGAGGUGAACGUUUCGGUGGCUUCAGUUUCUUUGUGAUUCCAACGGUGACCGUGGUCGAUCUGGAUCUGGUCAAAACAAUCCUGGUACGGGAUUUCAGUAUCUUUCACGAUCGAGGUAUAUACAACGACCCCAAAGCGGAUCCUCUAUCCGGGCAUCUGUUUCUACUAGAGGGCGCUCCUUGGAGGUCGAUGCGCAGAAAGCUAGCCCCUACCUUCACAUCGGGCCGCAUGAAGAAUAUGUUCGGGAUGAUAAUUGAUGUCGCGAAAGAGUUCGAAAACUUCAUGAUGAAAAAUUAUGACCGACAGCCGGAGAUUGAAAUGAAGGAUAUUGUAUCUAGAUUUACCACCGACGUGAUUGGAACGUGUGCCUUCGGAAUCGAGUGUAACACAUUUAAUAAUCCAGACUCGGAGUUUCUGAAGUAUGGUAAAAAAGUAUUAGAUCAAAGCAUAGGAAAUUUGUUGAAAUUAGUAUUUGCAUCACUGUUUAAAAAUGUUUCACGUUUCUUGAAAGUGAAAUUGACCGACUCAGAAGUGGAGAAAUUUUUCAUUGGGCUCACGCGGGAGACCGUAGAAUUUCGUGAGAAAAAUAACGUCCAGAGGAAUGAUUUCCUGAAUCUGCUUAUUCAGAUUAAAAACAACGUAGCACUGACGGAAAACCCUGAAGAAACAGUUGAAGAGACCGAAAUGGGCCUCACUGUGGAUGAAAUGGCAGCACAGUGUUUUGUGUUUUUCAUAGCAGGAUUUGAAACUUCGUCGACAACAAUGAACUUCUGCUUGUAUGAACUGGCCAAAAAUCCGGACAUUCAGGAGAAGCUAAGAGACGAGAUAGAGAGUGCGAUAACAAGAAACAACGGUAAGAUCACGUAUGAUUUGGUGAUGGAGAUGCAGUACCUUGAUAACGUCAUCAAUGAGACACUACGGAAAUAUCCCCCCAUCGAAAGUCUGAACCGAGCCCCGGAUUCAGAUUAUCGAAUUCCUGACUCUGAGCAUGUGAUUCCUAAGCACACCGGGGUCAUUAUUCCGGUGUAUGCGAUCCAUCACGACGAAGACAUUUAUCCAGAUCCCGAACGAUUCGAUCCCAACCGGUUCCUACCGGAGGUGGUAUCCUCCCGGCAUCCGUACAGUUUCCUUCCGUUCGGAGAAGGACCUCGGAUCUGUAUCGGACUCCGCUUUGGAGUGAUGCAAGCCAAGGUCGGAUUGAUCACGCUGCUGAGGAGUUUCCGGUUUUUGCCGUCUUCACGUACACCCGACAAGAUCCGGUUCGAUCCCAAGAUUUUUGUUCUGUCACCGGUUGAAGGCAAUUAUCUAAAAGUGGAACGAAUCGCUACCAACAUUAAAUAAAACUUGUUCAACCAAA